GGGCCUGAGGCGGCGGUGGCGGCCGCGGCCAUGUCCCGCCGGGGGCCCGCGCAGGUGUCGGGCAGCCUCCGGCAGAAGGCGGUGCCGGGCAUGGCCCCGGCGGAGCUGCAGGAGCUGCAGAGCCGCACGGAGCGCGCGGAGCGGCGGCUCCUGGCCUGCGAGAACCUGGUCGGGGAGCUGGGCAGUGGCCUGGCCACCCUGGGCACCCUCGUGCAGGGCUAUGGGCAGCUCCAGCAGCGCCUGCUCAACCUGGAGAACCUCCUCAAGAACAGGAACUUCUGGAUCCUGCGCCUGCCCCCCGACUCCCGGGGGGAGAUCCCCAAGGUGCCGCUCACCUUCGAUGAUAUCUCGGUGUAUUUCAACGAGCUGGAGUGGGAGAGGCUGGAGCGCUGGCAGAAGGAUCUGUACCGGGCCGUGAUGAGGGGCAACUAUGAGACCUUGGUGUCCCUGGACUAUGCCCUGUCCAAGCCCGACAUCCUGUCCCAGAUCGAGAGGGAUGAAGAGCUCAGUGACAAAGACGGUCAGGAGUCCCCAUGGACAGAGAAUGGGGAUGGUCAGAAGCACCCCCAGGCACCAGAAGAGAUGGAUGAGGCUUCAGGAGAUGAAACCCCCAUGGAAGCUGCCCCAGGAGCAGAUGGUGCCGUGUCCAAGCCCAAUGGCCGGUCUUGCAUCAAGAGGGAUGAAGAGCCCAGCGACAAAAAGGGUCCAGAGCCCUCGUGGACACAGAAUGGGGACAGCCAGAAAACCCCACAGAUACAGGCUGGGGACAGCCAGGAACCCCCACAGACACGGAGUGGGGACAGGCCAAAGUCCCCAUGGACACGGAGUGGGAACAGCCAGAAAACCCCACAGAUACAGAAUGGGGACAGCCCAAAGUCCCCAAGGACGCGGAGUGGGAACAGCCCAAAGUCCCCAAGGACACGGAAUGGGGACAGCCCAAAGUCCCCAAGGACACGGAGUGGGAACAGCCCGAAGUCCCCACGGACACGGAGUGGGAACAGCCCGAAGUCCCCACAGACACACUCUGGGGACAGCCAGACACCCCCUCAGACACAGACUGGGGACAGUCAGAACCCGCCCCAGACAAGUGUCACCAACAAUGAGAAGCCCCCACAGACACCAGAAAAGAUGGAGCAGAAGGAAGAGGCUUCGGGAGAGGAUCCCGUGCCCAUGGAAGCUGGCCCAGAAUUCCCCAUCCUGGUGAUGAACGUGAUGUCCCUGGGGGACCAUCGGCCGGAGACAGCGACAGAGGAGGACCCGGAGAUGGAGGAGGACCCGGAGAUGGAGGAGGACUCAGCAGAGCCUGACACUGAGGAGACCUCAUCCAUGGAAGAUGAAAUGCCGUGCGAAGGGGCUUCUUCCGAGGACGUCAAGGUGAAGGAAGAGGAGCCUGAGCUGCUGGCAGAGGAAUCCACACCCUCUCCUGGCUCAGAGAUCCAAAAGUACCCCAAAAACGAGCUGGUGAAAGCCAAGAGCAAGAAGAAGCCGAACCGGUGCGAGGCCAGCAACCUCCUGAUGGGCAACUGCCGGCGCGGGUACGUGCGGGAAUGGUCCCAUCCCUGCACGGAGUGCGGGAAGCGCUUCCGCCUCAAGAUCAACCUCAUCAUCCACCAGCGCAGCCAUGCCAAGGAGGGGCCCUAUGAGUGCCCCGUGUGCGAGAUCGGCUUCAGCAGCAAACGGCACCUGGACCUUCACCGCGACAUCCACGUCAAGGACAGAGCCUUCGGGGCCAAGGUCUGGGGCAACGUCCACCCCGAGCUGCGCGUCCGCCCGCGCAGGGACCUGUGCGGCAGUGCCCACAGGCUGGGCAGCGGCGGCCACGCCGGGGGAGCCUGGCUGGGCCAGCCCAAGGAGGAGCCGGACAGAGAGGGCCUGUCCGGCUCCGGGAUCGCACGGCCGCCGAAUUCCAGGCUGAAGUGCCCCCACUGCAAGAAGUUCUUGUCCUGCUCCAUGUCGCUGCAGCGGCACCUCCAGACCCACACGCGGGACCGGCCCUACUGCUGCAGCUCCUGCAACAAGUGCUUCACCCGCCGGAAUCACCUCCUGCGCCACGAGAAGAUCCACGAGCGGGCUCUGGCCGCGCUCCAGCAGGAGGCGAACGCCCAGGCCCCCGCUGCUAUCCCGGCAUCCCCGCAGCACAGGGCUCCUGAGGCCGAGAGGAGCCUUUCCCAAGGGAGCAGGAGCCCUGAGGCUGCAAAAGCGAGCCCACCCAACGUGCUCCUGCUGGGAGCGACACCACUGGGGCUGCCGGACAAAGGCUCCCCGCUCCCUGACUGCAUCGGGAAAGCCGUGCAGCCUGUGGUCCAGCUGGGAUCGAGGGCAGUGGCUUCAGGGAUGAUGGAGAAAUGACCAUGGGACAGAUCUGAACUGUGCGUGUCCCUGGAGAGAAGCUGUGAGUUUGUUGGGUUUGCACCUGCUGGGACACCGGGAUUGGGAAUCUGCUACGUUUUAGGAGCUUCCUGGGUUGUAGAAAGAAUGGGAAGCUUGGAAACCGCAACAGAGAGCAAACUGUGGAAGCCUCCAGUGAUCCAAAAUGAUUCACCAUUCCACUGACUUGUUUCUGUUGGCUGAUGCUUGGAAUUUUCCCAGGGUGACUCCUGGGAGAUGACCAGGUGAAUCCUGGUCAAACAGGAGCAGAGCUUUCAUGUUCCUUGAUGUUGGAACUGCCCCCUUGUGUUCGGGAACACAACUGAAGAGGACAGGCAGAAGGGAAUGGAGCUGGCAGCAUUCCCAAGCAGCCCUUUGCUCCAUGGACCAAGCUUCCUGACAAAGACACCGGAUGAAGAGAGCGUGACAUCUCUGAGACCCCACCGCAUCCUGGCCACGCUUGUCACCCCCCACCCUGGGGAGGAGAUCAGCCAACACCCCCUCCAGCAGGUCGGGAACACUGGAGCUUUACACUGGAGGAUCCGGAGGACAAACCAAACCCCAAUAUUCUGUGCUGGCGUAUUCCAGGGAUCCCGGCAGGUCCAUCAGGAAGGCCACAGGCACCCUCGGGACCAUCCUGCAUGGGUGCAGAGUCAUUUUAGGAAUACUUGACGGGUCAGCCAGCCCCAUGCUGCAGCAGCACCCCUGAUCCUUGUGGAUCCGCUUGCAUGGAGCAGCCCCUCAGCUCUGGAGGAAACUCCCACUCUCCCAACCACAGCUCAUCCCCUUUUGCCCAAAAUCCCACCAUAAUGAAUCCUACGGGAAAACAGUUCUGCAGCUACCUCAGUCAGGGAGAGGGGGAUCUGCCCGGAGGCAGCCCGUGGAAGCCAGGCCUGGCGCUGCUCCGGUGUCCCCUGGAGCAGUGUCCUUGGCCAGAGCCCCACACACAUUCCACACACUGGCUGUGCACAGGGAGCACAUCCCACCUGGAGCCAUCACCAUGCGGGCCCAAUGGAGCAGCUGUUGGGACUCCUGAGUUUAGUUAGUUUUGCAGGUUUUUUUUGUUUUCUUUGAGUUGUUUGAUGUAAUUAUUUGAUAUCCUGAAGUCUCUGGCCCUCUCCAAGCAGUGAGCACUGGGAACUGGCAGGCUUUUCCCAUCUUUCAUUCCAGUCACUCCCAAGGUGUGAUGGUGCUGCUGGGGAAGCUUUGGGAGCUGAGGGAACACCUGUGCCACAUCCAGGUGUGAUCCUCAGCUACCUCCUGCUCCACGGGACAGACAGCAGCAUCCAAGCUGCUCCACAGAGAUACACAUGACAUCCCACUGUUCCCCUGGGCCAGUGUCUCACAAUUCCUGCCCCUGGGAUUGCAUUGUGGAGCAUUCCUGGACUGCAGCAGGAGCUGGGAGGGGUGACAGUGGCAGAUGGGUCACUCUGUGUCCCCAGCAGGACACAGGGGUGGUUGAUGCCUUAUGGUCCCAUGGUGGCCAUGGAUCUGGCAGUGAGCCAGUGGCUGGUUAUCCCUGUUACCCCUGCCCAGGCAGAGAUCCCAGUGCUCCCCGGUUUAUCCCAGGGGCAUGGCUGAGCUGGUGUGCCGGUGUUGCUGGUAGGUGAAUCCCCCCAGGCCAGCAGAAGGGCCCCAACCAGGCAUUUCUAAAUCUGCUGUGAGCGGGACCAGCGUUUCCUACGACAUUCCCAAUCCCUUUCUCAGGCUGUGGAAUCAAUAAAGUAUUUGUCUCUA